CAUAAAAUGUUAACUAUUGCCUUGCUUUUGACACGUACCAAUCCUGCAUGCUAGUAAACCUAUAAGACAUCAAUUUUCAAACUUGUUAGGGCAACAAGCAUGCAUGAUUCCUUUUCUGGAAUGCAGAGGUGAGCCAGAGAAGAAAGUCCCUUUUGCCGAAGAGCCUGAUACAGUGUUCCUGAAUUCAUUGUUCUGAAGCAGGGUUUCCUUCUUACUAAGUAUUUCACUUAUGAAAUCCUCAGCCCUUCCGUCAUGGUGCAGAAUAAGCUCUGGAGCAGCUCUGCCUGGCGACAGAGAAGCAGCUAUCAUUACUCUAAAGGAUGGAGCCUUACAAUACAUUUCUUAAAAUGUUUCCUUAAAAAGUGAAGGAAACUUGAGUUAAUGUCAGAAACUGGCGUUAAAGUGUUUCAUACAGGCCAAGGGAUUAGACCACCAUAGAGACCAGUCUUGGCUCACUCUGAAAGCCAUAUUUACUCUUUAUUUCUAUCCACAUAUCUGGUUUGCUGAAAAAAAUAGAGGAGGGUUAAUUACCACCAAGUUACACAAUUAAUUUUCUUUAAGACAUGUAACAAUUUUCAAAGAAUUCUGAAAACAUUGUUUUUUUGGAGAAAUGAAUCUCAUCUUCUAUGUCCUGACUUUGUUCCCAGUAGAAAAACCAGGAUAAUGAAGAACAAAAUCUUUUUUGCUUUUUAAAUGAAGGGAAAUACCACUUUUAUCUCAUGGUGUUUCUAAAUAUCAUUUGCCAACUUUUUGUGGGUUAAAAUUGCCACUACCCCUUGAAUAUAUGUGUUGUGUCUUAACGGUUUUCACUAGUUAUCCUUUGCUCUUUUCCUGUAAGUGAGUUUUUAAACUUCUGAGCUAUAAAACAACACAUAACUGUUGGGACUACCAGGACCCAAAUUGGAAUUUGGAGGAACAGGGAUGGCUGAUUCAUAUUGGUUAUAUGACCAUUACAUUUGUCCUUUGUAAGCUGAUUUAUUAGGUCUGUAUUCUAGAGUAUGUUUUAUUCUGCUCCAGUGGCUAUGAAUGAAUUCUUUGAUGGUGGCUUUUUGUCACAUGCAUCUUUCAUGGUUCAGGGCACCUAACCUGUUGGAAUAUUCUCCUGUUGAAGAGUUUGCUUUUAUAUCUAGUGACAUUUAUCAUUAUCUAAGGCCAGCUGCCUGACUUCUCUUCAGGGCUCUGUUUAUGGGGUUUGAACAUCUAUAAAUGGAAACACUAGCUAACCAGAAAUUAUCGCCAGGGCUUUCUGAUAGUGUCCUGAGCUCUCACAACUUGGAAUGUCCUGCAAUAUCUAACAUUUUCAACAUGGAAUUUGAAAAGCAUGAAAAAGGAAGCUUAUUAAAUAAGAAUUUAGAGGAGAAACUGACGGUCUCUUCUGGUGAUUCUGAAGCCAAACCUCUGAUCUUCACAUUUGUCCCCACUGUCAGAAGACUACCAACCCACUCUAAGUUGGCUGACACCUCUAAAUUUCUUGUUAAAAUUCCUGAGGAACCCAGUGAUAAGAAUCCAGAAACUGUAAAUAGGUCUGAGUCCAAUGAGUACUUGACGUUGAAUGCUGGGAGCCAACCAGAGAGAAACCAAGGGACAUUGAUUUAUCCUUCAGAGGUCAGUGAAAAGAUUUCACAAGAAAGGGGAUUUAAAGCAAAAGAACUUCAAGGAAUGCAGCAAAGUGACCUCUUCAAAGCUGAAUAUGUCUUUAUUGUGGACUCGGAAGGGGAGGAUGAAGCUACAAGUGGAAAAGAUGAACAAGGCCCCCCUGGGGGGUUGGGCACCACAGCUUCUCGGCCCAAGUCUCUAGCAAUUUCCUCCAGUCUGGUCUCUGAUGUGGUACGUCCCAAAACACGGGGGACAGACCUCCAGGCCCCAUCACAUUCUGAAAUGCCUCAUGGGAUUGCCCCUCAGCAAAAGCACGGGCAGUUAACUUCUUCUCCCACUACCUCUGAGCAUCUUACCUGUAAACCACCUGCUUUCUCCUUUGUUUCUCCAACUAAUCAGAAAACGCCACCUGACCCAGUUAACCUCGACGGAGCCUCUGUGCUAGAGGAGUUCCACACUAGGAGGCUGGAUGUCAGUGGGGCCUUGGUGGAAGAAACAACUACGUAUUUCCAAACUUCUGCUCACUCCUCACCCUUUAUUGCAUCGAAGGGCACCUCCUCGACGUCACAGUUUCCUCAUUCCACUCAGUUAUCAGGUUCUAAUUUAUCCAGUCCAAGAGCAGCAGAUCAGAAACUCGGACGGGCAUCUGAAGUUCUGAAGAAGACAACAGCUUUCACCUCGCAUGUCCUUAGCCCCAGAGAAAGCCCGAGAACCACUUCUGCUUCACCAUCCUCCAGUGCUUCUCUGAAGUCUAAUUCGGGCUCAUACAUACCAGUCCGUAUUGUCACACAUUCACUCUCUCCAAGUCCCAAACCAUUUACCACCUCUUUCCAUGGCUCUUCUUCCACUAUCUGUAGCCAAGUGUCAUCUAGUGGAAAUCUCUCGAAGUCAGGGGUGAAAUCCCCAGUGCCCUCCCGGCUUUCCCUGCUCACGGCCAUCCUCAAGUCAAACCCUUCUCACCAAAGACCGUUUUCUCCUGCGUCCUGUCCCACUUUCUCUCUCAACUCCUUGGCUUCUUCCACACUCACACUGGAUCAAAAAGUAAAACAAACCUCACCCACACCUAAGAAAUCUCUCUCUAGUUGCUCCCUGAGAGCAGAGUCUCCAGAGCAACAGGCUUCUGAACUUAGCCAGCAAUCCUUUCACUUACCCCUUUUGGCCAAAUCUGCUCCCCUUUCUCAGGCAUGUUCCCUUUCUCCCACAAAACAUGAAAGUAGUAGUCUUGCUUCUUUGAAUGUAGAGAAAACAUCACCCACUUCUUUAAAAAGUAACCCAACACUCUCUCUGCUACAGACUGAUACAUCAAGUUCUACGGGUCUUCCUCCUGUUCCUCCAGGUGUUCCCUCUCUUUCUUUGAAGGGCAAACAGGAUGCUGACCUCAGGGGUCCAGAAAAGCCCAGGAAUAUUCACAUACAUUCUACAUCAGCCUCCUCUGCAUUAUCUUCUCUAUCUCCUCCCACUAACCAAAGGGCCAUGCUCUCCUCUCCAGAGAAAUGUUUCUAUCCUUCUCCAGCUCUUUCAAACCUGAUAAACAGAUCCAAGAGAACAGCCUCACAGCUAACUGGCCAGGGGCAUAAUCCUUUAACUGCUCCUUCACCCCCUGUCUCCAGUGCUAGCUCUGCUUCUCUUUCCAAAUUGGGGUCUUCCCCUCUCCCUCAUGCUAAUCUGCCCAUUCAGCCGCUCCAACUCAGGCCCUCAACACUGUACCCAAAUUGUAGCAGUGGUACCUUACCUUCAAGACUUGGAAAAUCUGAAAGCUCCAUAUCAAACCACAGGUCAUCUGUUUCAACCCCAUCACCUCCCAUCUCUCUAACAAGAACCAAGGAGCUGAUUUCACCUUGUGCAUUGCCCAUGUCAACAGGCCCUGAAAAUAAGAAACCCAAGCAAUACAAGACCAAGUCAAGCUACAAGGCUUUUGCAGCAAUCCCUACAAACACAUUGCUUUUGGAACAGAAGGCUCUCGAUGAACCAGCUAAGACUGAAGGUGUCUUCAAGGACAAUGCUUUGGACCUACCUCUGGAGUUGUGUUUCCCUGCACAGCUCAGGCAGCAAACUGAAGAGCUCUGUGCUACCAUUGAUAAGGUCUUACAGGAUUCCUUGUCUAUGCAUUCUUCUGAUUCUCCUUCAAGUUCCGCACAGACGUUGUUGGGUUCUGACAUGAUUAAAAUGCCUACAACUCUUCCAAGAGCAGCUGGUCGAGAAACCAAAUAUGCAAACCUGUCCUCACCAUCCUCUACAGUAUCUGAGAGUCAACUGACUAAGCCUGGAGUGAUUCGCCCAGUACCUGUAAAAUCCAAAAUAUUACUGAAAAAAGAGGAGGAAGUCUAUGAGCCCAACCCUUUCAGUAAAUACCUGGAAGAUAAUAGUGACUUCUUUUCUGAGCAGGAUGUAACAGUUCCUCCCAAGCCUCUUUCUCUCCACCCAUUAUAUCAGACUAGACUCUGUCCUCCUGCUAAGUCCCUGCUGCCUCCACAGACCCUCUCACAGGCUGACUGUCUUACCCCAGGACCCUUCAGCCAUUUGUCCUCCUUCUCACUGAGUGAUGAACAGGGGAAUUCUCACACCCUGUUUAGUGGCAACACGUAUAAUAAGCUGAGUCAUCCAAUGGUGGCUAUCCCUGAACAUGAGACUCUUGAUUCCAAAGAGCAAUGAAGUUGGAGCAGAAGCUGAAAACACAGGCUGCGCUGAAGUUUUCUGGAAUGCUGGUGCUAAUCACUUGCUAGAUUGGAUGUUUGAUUUUUUUCAGUAUGAGUGUUCCCUUUGUCAACUGCAGUGCAGAAAUGGAAGGAAAAAAAAAGUAUCCUGCAGGCAUAUAACACCGCAGUACUCUACUAACACCCAGUGUAGGAAAGAUUUAUCUACAGCUUCUCGCACCACUGUUAGAGCCUGUAAUGCCUUCUAUUAAGCUGACAGCAAUACUAACAUGUCCCUAAAUUUAGCAGCCAAAUAAAGAAGAAUCAUGGGUAAAUAGAA